GGAGUAUAAAAAUAAGACGGCCGCUGCAACAAGAAUUGCUGUCAAAAAAUAGUUUUUGUCAAAAUUUUUGUGUUUUCUUCAGUGUGGUUUAGUGAGGGCAGCAAAUAAAUUUAUCUGCUUCAUUUAUUGGAAUUUGUGCGGUCUGAUCAGUGUUAUUGAUAGUUUUUCUCCUUCGGGAAAAAGUGCACAAGGCGUGUUUGUGUGAAAAUGGAUGAAUUUGCACUGUGCUGGAACAAUUUCCAGGACAAUAUAGCCACGGGAUUCCAGAAUUUGUUCGACCGUGGCGAUUUAGUUGACGUUUCUUUGGCGUGCGAUGGAAAAAUUUUGCGUGCUCACAAAAUAGUUUUAGCCAUCUGCAGUCCCUAUUUCCAGGAGAUGUUCAUCAGCAAUCCCUGCAAACAUCCUAUCAUCAUCCUCAAGGAUGUGACAUACACGGUGAUGUCGGAACUACUUCAGUUCAUGUAUCAGGGUGAGGUGAAUGUGAAACAUACGGAAUUGUCGUCAUUUAUGAAGAUCGCUGAGACGCUGCAGAUUAAGGGUUUGACGACGACACAGAAGACUUCUGGGGAGCAUCAGAGGCACAAUUCGGUGUCGCCAAAGUGCAAUAGUAUGGCAGCUAGUGGGGCUGAGGGGCAGCAGCCACAGACACCAGUUAGUGGCAGCAAUAACAAUGUGAUAGAGACAAAGAUCAAUACGGCUGGCUAUACGAAGCCAUUGGAAGUUGGUGGGCAAAAGAGACCAAUGGACUUUCCCUCAGAGGGUUUUUCCAUCUAUCCGAGGAAACAGAUGAGACCCAGAACGUCUGAGGGACAGUCUGUGGAUGAGGGUGAGAUGCAUUCGGCCGAUUCCAUGGAUCACAUGACGGGAGAUGAGGUAUUUCUGCCACCAAUUCCACAGAUCUCAAUGGGUGAACCACGAUUUGACCUGAACAAUGUGAAGCGUGAGAAUGUAGAGCCGAUUAAUAGUUCAGGGUCAAUGAGAUCUGUCGGUGGACCUGGCUUUAAUCUAGAAUACAACAGUAGUGUGUAUCUCAACAAAAGUGUUGAGUAUCCCAAUGAAUUGCACAUGGCCAAUGAUUUUUCCAAAUCCAGCAUUCACAUGGACAUUCCGGCGGGUAGCAACGUCACGAUGCUAUCAACGACAUCUCUGCUGCAUGGAAAUUGCAUUUUCAAUCGCAACAACACCGUGGCCACACAGCAAGGCAUGAAGACGUAUUGGCUGUGUAAGUCUUACCGGAUAACCAUGUGCAGGGCGAGGUGUAUCACGCAUCAGGGUAGAGUGAUAUCUGCUACUGGUGUGCACAAUCAUCAGCCGCACAUGAAGAGUUCGGGGGCUGAGAUGUUGAAUUCUCUGCCGCCGGGAAGUGGCAUGAGAUUGCCACAGGGUGUAGUGCCUGGGCAGAAUCCGUCACAGGGGAAUUCUCUGUCGGCGGUGGUGUCUCAGGCUAGUAUGCAAAUGUCAAAUUUAUCUCCGCAGCAGUCAAUGAAUGCUCAGCAAAUUCAUCAACAGCAUCAGAAUCAUCAUCAUCAAGCCCAAAGUCAUCAUCAUCAGGCUCAUUCGAAUGUGAUGCACAAUGUUUUGAGCCACAACAAUCUCAUGCAGCUGUCAAAUAUGAAUCCAAUCAUUAAUCCUGGACAACAUCAUGGCAAUGCUAAUAUCCAUGCAGCAGCGGCUAAUCUUCAGGGUACACACAACAGUGCUCAUCACUUGCACAGUCCCAAUUCCACUCAGGGUCAGCAGAGAACUUCAGUUGUGCAGCAGCAGCAGCAGCAGCAGCAGCAGCAGCAGCAGCAGCAGCAGCAGCAGCAGCAGCAGUCGGGACAAGAAUCCGGGAAUUUGCAUCACAAUACAACGCCAAAUAGUCAAACAAUGCCAGUUACUCCAACUUCUGUGGCUGCAUCUCCGGGGGUGCCCAGUCAACAGCAAUCCACUCCACCAAGCGAUGAUAGCGCCUGUCAGUCUCAUGAUAUUCCAGUAUCCUCAGCCACCAAUCUCUUGUCCCCAUCCAGUGCUCCAUCCUUCAAGAUGGAGCACAGCAUGUAGGAUCAGGUGAAGGUGGAGGAGUGUGGAGAACAGGAAAAUUCCACAACCUCUGGUCUAAGUACUUAAAAUAAUCUUGCAAGAUGGGGAGAAGAUUUUGCAGAAGGAGAAGUGUACAUUCCUCAUGUUCAUUUUUCAUGCAUUGUUUUAUAUUUUUUGGAGAAACAGGCAUUUUUUUCUUAAUCAGGGAACUAACUAUUAUCAUCAAUUGGUUAAGCAAUUAAUUUAUGCAUGUUCUAUUUUCUUAAAGAAACCCUUUUGUACAUGAAUGGAAUUUAUUAGAAAGGGAGAUUUUUUUGUGCUGUUGAUUGAUGAAACAUGAAAGUGAAACAUGAAGUGAAACAUGGAAGUGAAACAUGAUCUUGAGAAACUUUAUGUUUAUGUUAAAAUUUGUUUAGAAAUUGUCUUAGGCUUGGUGAAAAAAUUUGUAGAUGUAGACAAACUUAGGGUAAUCCUCCCUCUCUCCCAAAUGCCCCAAUUUUCGGUAUUUUUUAAUAAAAUUGCCAAUGAUACGGAGUAAAUACAAAAUUCAAAAUUUUAUUGUAGCAAGUACCUUUAAAGAAAAUAAUGUGCUUGAUUUUUUAUCAAUUACAUUGUUCCUGAAUAUCUAGCAAAUGCCAGAAAGUACAGCUAAGAUGGCCAAAAAUAUUCACAAUCUAUUAUUUAUAUCUUGCCGUUACGGUAGGAGAAAGUGGGGUCACUUAGAAAUAGGAAGUUUUUCUCCUAUUUUUAAACGGAACUUAACCUUACUGCGAAAUAAUUUAGCUCCUCAAACCAAUUGUCAAGCUAAAUUGCUUAAUUAUAAGGCACAGUUCCAUUUAAAAAUAGGAAAACAAACCCUAUAUCAAAGAUGUCCCAAUUCAAACACGAAACAUUAAAAUUUCAUGAAUCGUAUAGGGCAGGGUCAGCCCUUUUCGCCAUGUAAGCACUUUUUGGCCACCUAAGAUAAAACAACUAAUUUAAGGAAUUUAUUAAUAAAUGGUACUUCUACACUCAUAAUAUGCUGUAUUCUACUAUUUUAUUGGGUUAUCACGUCUCUUAAUUAUUUUAAAAUACAGUAGACUCUCUCAAAUUCGGGCAUUUGGGACCGAAAUGUCAACCGAAUCAGAGAAAAAUUCGGGCAGCAAAUUGUUUGAAAUGCAACGAUUUUUUGUUCAUCUGCAUACUCAUAUUGAGUUUACAUGCUCAUUGCUAUUAUAAAUUUCAUGAAAACCUCUUAAUAAUGCAAAAUCACAUCAAAGCUAAGACAAAUUGUGGCAAAUUUGAACAUAUUUGCUUCAUUUGAUAAUCAUAAUCGAACUUGAAAAAUGUCAACAAACUUUUUUCGAAUCUAACUGCCGCCCGAAUUAAAAAGUAGCCCGAUCUUCAAAAAACCGAAUUAGCGAGAUUCUACUGUAAGUGGCGAAAAGUACUGAAACAAGAACAAUUGGCGAAAAUGCAAAUUUUUCAAUGAAAUUCACUAAAAUUUUCGAAAAGUAUCCUAUAGAUAUUUAGAUAGAUGUUGAUUCAAAGUAUCGUUAUACAAUAAUUCAUUUUAGUCUGACAAAAAUUUUACACCUAAGGAGACCAUAAAAGCUUAAGGGUGGCGAAAAGUACUGACUCUACCCUAUCAAUGCAAUUAUCCGUUUAAUUUUUUUUAUAAGAUUUCCACUAUUCUUUUUUUAUAUGUAUCUCUAAAUUCGAAAUAUUAUAAGUAUUGUCUAACUUAUUUUCUGAUAUCUUCUGGGUUUUCUUACGGAAAUAAUACAAAAGGAAUCUCUAUGGGGAUAACAGUACCAAAUUUCGGCAUAGUUGCAUGCAAGCGCCAAUGCUUAAUACAAAUUGAAUUUUUUGGUUACUUCUUUUUUAGGAGUGUUGCUUGGAAUCUUGAAGAGAGUUUAUUCUCAUUGUUUUUUCUAAAAUAAUUCUUAAUACAUUUUAAAAUGAAUAAAAAUAUAGACAUCGACUUGGGUAAUAUUUCGACCACCUUGAUUCUCAUAGUUCCUUGCCUUUCUGGAAUUCGUCCAAAGUCUUUUCUUCAAGAUUUCGUUGGUCGAAGCCACAUUUUUUUUUGUUUUUAUUUUGCAUUGUGUAAUCUCUAGAGUGUGCGAAAACUAAAAAUUCAUAGAAAUUUAAGGAAUAAAACAAUUGGCCGAAAUUGCAAGCUGGUCGAAAUUUGGUGCAGAUACCUUAAGUAGAGAAAAAUUGUUAUGAAAUGAAAUAAUACAAAAAGCAGAUAAAAAUUUAUGAAUGAUGAAAGAUGAAAGAAAGUUAUUUUAAAUUUCUGCUGCGGAUCAAAUGAAGUUUUAAAUAAAAAUGAAAAAAAUAACUGUUUUUUUUAGCAUUGGGACGUUUCAAUCAAUGAUAUUGCGUAUUGAGCAUUUUUUCAGAAAAUCGCGAUUUCACUUUAAAAAAAUCAUUUUUUUAUAGAUUUUGUUAAAUUACUCCUUGAUGUUUCUUUAUACUGAAAAAAUCGCAUGACAGUUUUGAUUUUAAGCAAAAUAUUGAUGAAAUUGAAAUUAUUUCGUGAAAAUAUUUUUGGCAAUUUAGGUUUGAAUUUAGGCAAUUUAGGUUUAAUUUGAACGCUUUUUAAGCAAACGAGAACUUUAUUUGAACAGGACAAAAUUGAAAUUUCGGACAAACCAAUUUUGAAAUUCAAACUGAUCAUGUACUAUUAGUUUAACACUAAACCUAUCAGAGUCUCUCAAAUCUGAAUCUCUCAAAUUCGAACGCCGUUUGGGUUCAAAAUGUCAAUUGUGUUAUGUUAGAGAAAGUUCGUAUUCUAGGUGAAUGAAAAUCAUAUUUAUGUGCAUCUUCUUGAAUGUUUACAUACAUUAUUAUCGUGUAAAAUGAAAAGGAAGUAUGUUACCACUAAAACUUGCGAGAAGGUACUAGAAUUUGAUUCAAAGUACAAUUUAAUCUCACACAAAUUUCGUUAGUUUUGAAAAAAUCGUUCGAAUUUGGGAGGUGAGAAAUGUCAAAAAUACCCCCCGAGCGUUCGAAUUUAGGAGACUCUACUGUAUGAAGAUAUCUGACAGAUACAAGAGACAUUUCGUAGUACGAACAGCUGGAACCUCUUUUGGCGGCAUUAUUGACGGAAUCAGGGUUGUUCUUUUUUAUGAAUAUGAACUCGAUCAGAGAGAAUUUUUCUUCUGUUAUGUCUUUGGCACGCCUUUUAGUUCAGGAAAAUUUCAUAGUCAAAAUUUACAUCCCUUUGUGCUGACCGGUCAGCAUUUGCCGAACAAAAAGUGCUAACCAAAUAUAUCGAAAUGGCACUGCCUCGCGAAUAUUCGUUUAAGGUUAGCAGAAGUUAGCUGAAAAUACAAAUAUUUUCAGCUGAAUUGAAAUCGGUUAGCAUUUGGUGCUCGCUGGGUAAGCAUAAUCUAAUUCAGAAAAUAUGCCCAAAUUUUUGCUAUGGUUUACGUAGCUAUGACGUGAUUUUGCAUUAUUAAGGGGUUUUCAUAAAAUUUACAAUUACAAUAUGGAUAUGUAAACUUAAUGAGUGUACAGAUGAAUAAAAAGUCGUUGCAUUUCAAACAGUUUGAUGCACGAAUUUUUCUCUAAAUCGGGUGACAUUUCGGUCCCAAAUGCCCGAAUUUCGGAGAGUAUACUGUAUGGAAAAUCUUACUGACAGGAAAUCUUAUGACUUUUGCAAGUCUUUUUGAGAAACAGAAAUGAUUUUUUAAUUUAAAAAAUUGUCCUGCGAUCCAAAAGCUGUGCCAGAGCCACUAACAUCGAAAUUUCUAGCAAUGUUUAGAAUAAAUUUUACUGAUUUCAAGAAUUAAAGCAUUUAUUUAAAUCUCCGAAUUAGGGAUAGAUGGCCUUCCUUCAAACGUAAAAUUAAUAAAUUGUCGACAUAAAUUUUUUUACUCAGAAAAAUGUUGAAUGUUUCUAAAAAUAAAAACUAUUAAUUCAUGUUUCAUUGAUGUUUCACAUUUUUUAAAAUAAUUAUUUUCUUAUUUUACAAUUUUUUUAUUAAGUUUUCAAUACUAAUGCUUAUUUUAAAUGAGUUUACCCCAUUUCAAAAUUAUGAAAAAUACCGCAAUGAUGAAAAAUAAUUGAGGAUAUGUACACUAUACUCAUUGAAUUUUCUCCCCUUGUGAAAGAACUCAAGAAAUAAAUUUUCGCAAAGUUCCAAGUUCUAUAUUUGCUGUAAAAUUUAUAAUAAAAAAAGAAUAGUUUCGAAGAGGAAAAGUAGAUGACAUCAUCAUUGGAAAAGCUAUCUAUAUUCAUUAAAAAAAACUUCAUAAUAAUUGUACAUGUUUUCUGUGUAUGUUAUGUAAAAGGCAAAAGAAAAGAAAAGAAAGGAAGAAAUCUGAAAUGGUCUCAAUGGGGAGUGAGUAAAAUACCAAAUUGUGUGUCAUAUGUUCAGGCGCUGCUAGAGAGAAAAAUGUUACUAUUUUUUAGAAUUACAAUCACAAUUAAGGACAACUUCAUUUAUUUAUGUGUGAUAUUUGAUCAGAUAAAAUGCAACAAGUUCAUUUUUUUUGUCGACGAUUUGAAAGUCAUGCUAAGUGUAUUUAAUUUUUAUUUUAGAUAGAAAUUUUAUAAAUUAAUUAGAGCAUUAAGCGAGAGAAAUUGCGAAUGAAAAUAUAGAGUAAAAUUAAUGA